AUGUCUGCUGAGGACUCCGAGAAAGCGUACUCUUCCUCUGCUGGGGACGAUGUUCCAGAGUAUGCGGGCGAGCGGGCUGUCAACAAGAAGGCUGCCGAACGUUUUGGAGUCUUUGCGCCCGUUAUGGAGAAGCUUUUCGACUAUGGCGUCGAAGCGCGAGGCGUAGAGCGCGUUUUGGAGAAUGAACGGGAUCCAAAACUGCUCUGGAAUAAUUUGUUCAUGUGGUGGUCUGUCAACUGUGUGUUGACCACUGUUCCUAUUGGUGCUCUUGCCCAAGCCUUUUUCACCCUGAGUUUUGGCAAUGCCUGCGCAACCAUUCUCUGCUUCGGUGCUCUCGGCGCCGCUUUUACCUCUGGAAUAGCAACCUUGGGCCCCAAAACCGGUCUCCGUACAAUGAUCAUCGCCCGUUUCAGCUCUGGCUACAUUGGAGGCAUCAUCUAUUCCAUAUUUAACAUUCUCACUCAGCUUGGCUUUGCCACUACUUGUGUAAUCCUUGGUGGUCAAACCCUUGCCGCCGUACGCCCAGAUACCUUGAGCCUUGAAGGUGGUGUAGCCAUUGUCGCUGUACUCAGUGUUAUUCCUUGCUUUGUUGGCUACGAACUCCUCCAUCGAUACGAACGCUACGUAUGGGCUCCGAUCUUACUCGUCAUGCUUUUCCUCUGGGGUCUAGGCGGUAAAGCUGGGUAUCAUGUCACCGCUCAAAAGGCCUUUGAAGAUCCUGCAGGAAGAUUCUUGGCUGGAGACGUGCUCAGUUUCGGCGGGAUAGUGUUUGGAUCAUUUACUGGCUGGGCUCCUGUGGCAGCAGAUUACAACUGUAAACUCCCGGUCAAUACUUCCGCAUGGGCUGUGUUCUUCAUGACAUUUUUUGGACUAUAUCUUCCCGUGUGCUUUAUCUCCAUUCUAGGUGCAGCACUGAUGACCAUCACGAACCCGGUAUAUGUCGCUGCUUACGAGGACGGAAGCAUGGGCGGUUUAAUUGCUCAAGUACUAACGCCUUGGGGUGGAUUCGGCAAAUUUCUGCUAGUUGUUCUGGCUUUGUCCGUGAUUGCGAAUAAUAUGGUCAACACAUACUCAACUGGUAUCUCUAUUCAAGCGUUAGGUCGUCCAUUUGCUGUUGUUCCUCGGAUGUUCUGGACUCUUGUCGGGUUUAUAGCAUACACCAUCGCGGGAAUCGUGGGACGCGAACAUUUCUCAGAUAUCCUAUCCAACUUCUUAUCCAUUCUCAGCUACUGGACAGCAUUUUUCAUGGUGAUCACCCUCGAGGAGCAUUUCAUCUUCAGGCGGAAAGGCGGUCUUCUGGGAGGGUAUAACUUGGAUGAUUGGGAUACUCCUUCCAAACUUCCUCUUGGUAUCGCAGGAAUCUUGGCCGGAGCUAUCGGUGUAGCAGGUGCAGUAGUGGGGAUGGCCGAGGUCUGGUAUAUCGGGCCCAUCGGUAUGCUCGCCGGAAAUCCUGAAUUUGGUGGCGACCUUGGAUUUGAGCUUGCUGCAAUAUUCGCUGGCGUAUCAUAUCCUUUUCUGCGUUGGUUGGAAAUUCGUCUGAUGGGACGCUAG